UGCAACAAAAAGCACGGGGACAAUAUAUAACCGAGCUGCAAAAAUGAAUCGAUUAAAAUGUGUCGGUGUUAAUAUUCUAGGAAGAACACUACAUAUUAACUUUGGAAUUACUGCGCCUUGUUUGACAGUUCCCGUUGUGGGGUUUUGUACGUGGACGAAAACAACAAUUAUCUUCUUGUGGCAGAAGUUAUAUUUUCUUUAUUUUUUCAUUCAAUUGUCAUUUGACAACAUGAGGACGUUAAUAUUGCUUGUUCUGUUUCAAAUGACGACUGUUGCCUUGGUGAGAGCUGGCUGCCCUGUGAUGUGUGAGUGCCCGGCAGGACCCCCCUCCUGUCCCCCGGGGGUCAGCUCUGUACCUGGCGGCUGUGGCUGCUGUAAGGUGUGUGCUGCCCAGCUCAACCAGGACUGCCACGACUCACACCCCUGUGACCACCACAAGGGGCUGGAGUGUAACUAUGGCAAUGACGUGGGCCACACUCAUGGCAUCUGCAGGGCGAAGCUCGAGGGUCGCCCCUGCGAAUACAGCGGACGGAUCUACCAGAACGGGGAGAAUUUCCGGGCUGGCUGCAAGCACCAGUGUACGUGCAUUGACGGGGCGGUGGGCUGCGUGCCUCUGUGCCCCAGCCACGUGCCUCUGGCAUCACCCUCCUGCCCUGCCCCUCGCAUGGUCAAGGUGCCUGGGCAGUGCUGCCUCAGUAUCGACUGCCACAAGGGCUCAUCCGUUGUGCCCCCAGUACACGGGCACCCACUGCCUCCAGCCUACCUGCCUUUCCCCUUCAUGCCCUACCCUGCCUACCCCUACAAACCAUACCACUACAAACCCAAGGAUACCAUGGGAAACGAGCUGGUGGAGGUAGAGAAGACGUGGGACAAGCUGCGCGGGCACAAGCACCUGGCGGCAUGGAGGCAGUUUGGAGGGCAGUGUGUGGUCCAGACCACGAGCUGGUCCCAAUGCUCACGCAGCUGUGGGAUGGCCGUGUCCUCUCGUGUCACCAAUGACAACGCCCAGUGUAAGCUAGUGAAGGAGACGCGUCUGUGCAACAUCCGGCCCUGCAGCUCCAUGUCCAUCCCCAUCAAGAAAGGGAGGAAGUGCUCCCGUACCCACAAGGCAGCAGAGCCCCUGCGUCUGUCCUAUGCUGGCUGCCGCAGCACGCGUCUCUACCGGCCCAACUACUGCGGCGUGUGUGUGGACGGCCGCUGCUGCUCGCCCCGCCGCACACGAACUGCCUCUGUGACCUUUGCCUGCCCUGAUGGCGAGCGCUUCGACCACUCCGUCAUGUUUGUGCAGUCCUGCAAGUGCAGUGAUAAGUGCAGUCAUCUGAACGAGGUUGCCCUCCCGCCCCAGCAGUGGCUCUACGGAGACACACACAAGUUCUCCGACUAGCGUCCCCCUCAAAUCCCUCAUUCACUCCCAAUCACUUUACCCCCCCCUGCCAAGCCCCUGAUAGAGUAGUAGUCCUAAGAGUAUCUUUGAGUAGACACUAGCCAGAUGCAAAGAUCCCCACCACCCUCCUGGAGCAUGUUUUGGGAGGCCUGGGUGAAGGAAUUUGAUUGGUUGAUCUGCAUUCUGGACAGAGAUGAGUGACUAGUGCCGGCCUUAGAGUAGACACCCGGUCCUUUGUGGUUCAUCAACCAGAAUCACCAAAGUGUGUAAAUAGACAAAUAUGGAUUUGCCCAGUCACUAUUUUGUCACUCCCCAUGCACUCCUGUACUCUGGGACAGAACCCACACUUUGGGGACAAUAGAGAAAGGUGGGACACACCCAAUGCAGACUCCAACCCAGCUGCUGCACACACACCCAGUAGACUUGUGGACGUAGGAUGGUAUGGUGUUUCAUUUCAUGGUGAUGGCCAGCAUAGUAGGCCUGUCAAUGGCAAGCAGGUCUGGUUUGAGUGUAAGGAGAAUCAGACUUGCAUAGAAACAGUGACUUCUCCAGUAGAUUUCCAAUACCUGCUAUUUGCGUAACCAAAUGAAGACACUAAAAGACAAUGUUUUUGUGGGAAAGAAGAUGGACACUCCACAGAAUGCUCUAGAAGGGACAUUUUUGUAUUUGUAAUGAUAUUUAUUGUUGUGACAGAGACGAUGACACAGUGGUUGCCAAUGAGAGAAGCGAUGCUGCUAUGUUUGGAGCGGCAUGACCGGAGGGCCCUGAGAGAGACAAAACAGCUGAGAUCUGUCAGCAGAGAGGGGAGAGUUCCAUGAGGUCUGGGACUUGACCCCUGGUCUCACCAGUGUUCACUGUCAUCAAACAGCCACAUCACCUGAGCAAUAGUGGAUGAAGACAACUCCCCAAGGAGAGAUGUUAUGGUUAGAGACAGACUGGCGCAGAAGCUGUUGGCUGAGGCUUUGAGUGUGUGUGGUAGGUCAUUAGAUGUUGGACCAGUCCCCAUUUUCUUACUCCUCCAUGCCUCAGCCCUGAAACAGUGAGACAUUUAACCUAGCGCCAGCGGAACAAGCCUUGGAUUCUGGCAUUGAGAAGUCGUGUUGCUGAUUUGAAGCAGAUUACAAUCCUGACUGAGGGGUAGAAAGAGCCUCAGCCACCCUCUGGUUUGUUAUAAAAAUAAAAAUGUCUGCAUAUGAAGUAAACAUGUAAUUUGUAACUAGCGGGCGGGACCGUUUCAGACUCAAUCUGGCCUGUAAUCUAGCAACUGAUCCACAAUACUUCACAAAACAAAACUCUUACUCAUGUUGCUUUAUGUUUGAGGUGUCUAAAUCUGCUCUCUGCCAUUGAAGGUUGACAUGUCGACGAUAUCAUGCUUAUUAGAGACUGAAGCGGACAUGAGGACACUACAAAGGGGUCAGCACUACAUGGUUACAAAUGGACUCCUUUGCAUAGACAUGUCAGUAGUCUGUUAUAGCACAACAUUUGUCUGAAGUUGGAGGUUAAGAUUCUGUAUUGGUGAGACAUGGACCUCUUUAGAAUUACUAAAAUGCCAAAUUCUUCCCUAUUAGGAAGGGUCGAUAAUUCAUGCACCUUAGCCUUGUUCAUGACUGAAUCUGAGUGGUAUAUCUUAGACUAAAAUAUGUAAUUCACAUGCUUUUCCCUCUGACUCCAUGAAAAGUAGAGGAUUCAAACAUUGAAGCCCAUAUUACAUUAGUCCAUGAGUGUUAUUUUUAUAUGAUUCAACUUUUUGUACAACUUCUAGGUUGGGACAGGUGUUCAUAGUAGCCUCACACAGCCUGUUAGGUGAUUGACUUUGUAAAAUAAAAAUGGACGUUCUGAAUGGUUACACUGCCAUCACGCUUACCUAUGUAGAUUGUGAUUUGAGAAGUCUUUGGUUUUAUAACGACACUAGAGCAGCCAUGUACAGAUGCAUCCUUGUUUGCUGUAUACAGACCAAUCCAUUUGAGUUAUAACUUAAAACCAAUUAACAAGUCCAUGUAUAGCUAGCACUGAGCAAGUCUGGGCUCUGAUGUGGGCACAGCACACACUACCAUUUCCAAUCUCUGCGCUUUAUUGAGCAAGUGAUUGAAAACUUGUAUAAAAGCAUAUCUGGUUGUUUUGUCCUAACUUCGAUUUACAGGCUAAUUGAGUUCAUGCUGCAUUUGGAAUAAAGUAUGUUGAUGUAUUACCUAAUGAACAACUGCACCCUUUCAGUUCCGCCUAGAGUACCGUUACAACCGGAAGUGAAUUUCGUAGCAGGUUGGGAGCUUUAGGUUAAGCUAAAAAAAAAAUUUUAAAUCCUAAACCGCUACAAAAGUCACACCUAGCUCUGGCGGCCUUCUCUCUACAGUUCUCAGCGUCGCCCACGACUGGGUCAUGUGAACUACAAACCUGACGUGGAGUUUCACCGUUAAGAAACGUCUGUUUGCGAUACAGCUUUCGAAAAAUAAGGCCCUCAUCUUCAAAUCAGCAAGAAAUAAUUCUAAUAAGUAUAGCAGUUUCACAGAUCUAUAAAGGUGCCUCUGACAAAGCUACUCUUCCACAUGUUCGGGGCGAGCUAGAUAACCCGCAGUUUCCCGUAAACAAACACUAACAUGGAGAUGUGGUCUGGUGGGAACACUAACCCUAAUAAAAAAGGUGUAAACUUAUUUUGGAAAAUAAAUUCACUGAUAUCAAA